AUGAGCUCACGCUCAGUACUGCAGGGAACACUUUUGAUAUGCAAGUCAAUCCUUUCACUACCACAUAACCUUGCACUUAUCCCCCUGUGCCCCUUAUCAGCCGCUGCUAGUGCUUUCGGAACGGGUAUUCAUGGAAUUUUGACCGCGCAAUCCAACACGGGCCUUCGCGUGUUUUCAGCAGGGGUAAAUGGCGGAAUAUCUGGUGCUACAUUCUUCAGUAUACGGGAACUCGCUGUCAACCCGUUGUUAGUUGCGACACUUCCGUACGGACGUAAAGAAGGAAUUGUCUCUGAGAAUUCACGAUGGUCAGGAAUUCGGACAGACAGGCUUUUGGAAUCGGCCAUUAGUGGAUUUUUCACAGGUGGAAUCCUACGGGGAGUCACUCGAAACCUUCGAGCUGUUUCCUCAGGCGCCAUCUCAGCAGGUGUCAUCUGCACCUUGCUUCAGUACAUGUAUAACGAGUCAAGAAUUAUUCGCUUGAAAUAUCUGGUCCAUCAACGCGAAAACUCUGCGACGUCUUCUCGUGAUCAAAGAGCGUCCAAUUCAUCACUACCAUGGACGGAACGACUGCUUGGGAUUAUAGGAAUAAAAGCUGUUUCAGACGAGGAACACUUGAUAUCACUCAAGCAACAGAGGGAUGCCCAUUUGAAGAGGAUAGCAGAGUUAGAGAAGGUCGAAAGAGAGGAUAAGGAUGUCACAGGAUAA